AACCCCUCAGAGAUAAAAUGGAGAAUCACACUGAAGCCUCGUGGCAGAUGGAGUAUGACUUCGCCGUUGAAGUGGCAAGAAAGGCAGGAGAGGAAAUUCGAAAAGCGGGUGAGAGUGAAAUCAAAAUCAUGACGAAGAGCUCCACUGUGGACCUUGUCACAAAGACUGAUGAGAGAGUGGAGAAAAUCAUUAUUGGGUCUCUAAAGCAGAAGUUCGGAGAGGACGCACACUCCUUCAUUGGGGAGGAGUCCGUCGCCAAGGGGGAGCCGUGUAUCCUGACUGACAAGCCUACGUGGAUCAUAGACCCAGUCGAUGGCACCACUAACUUUGUGCAUGGAUUCCCAUUUGUAGCUGUGUCUAUUGCCUUUGCUGUCAAUAAACAGCUGGAGUUUGGCGUGGUGUACAGCUGCUUGGAGGACAAGAUGUAUAAAGCAAGCAAAGGGAAGGGGGCUUUUUGCAACGACGAGCCAAUACAAGUGUCGGAUGUAAAAGACAUCCACAGAUCCAUCAUCAUUUCUGAGCAUGGAACUGACAGAAGUCCAGACAAAGUGAACAAAAUCUUCUCCACCAUGCAGAAGAUCCUCUGCAUCCCAGUGCAUGGGAUUCGCUCCCCAGGCAGUGCAGCUGUCAACAUGUGUCUGGUAGCAUCCGGUUCGGCAGACGCUUACUAUCACAUGGGCAUCCACUGCUGGGACAUGGCCGGUGGGGCGGCGAUAGUGACCGAAGCUGGGGGAGUCAUCAUGGACAUAUCAGGUGGGACGUUUGAUUUGAUGUCUCGCCGCCUGAUUGUCGCCAGCAGCAGGGUAAUAGCUGAACGCAUCGCCAAGGCGAUUACGGAGUUUCCCGUUGGCCGGGACGACACAGAAGCCUAGUAGGACGUCACCAUCGCUCAAAACAUCUAAACACACUCGGCAGUUUUCUCGAUUGUGUCUUUGCCUUAAGGAUCAAAACAAUGCACUUAUUGAAGAACACUUGG